AUGACAUCCAUUCGUUCUGCUACUAUGAUGACGAAGAAGAAAUCUCCUACUGCCAUUGCCAUGUUUAAUAUGGGUGGACCAUCUACACUAUCAGAGGUUCAAAGUUUUCUUACAAACCUUUUUACAGAUCCAGAAUUGAUCCCAAUGGGUCCAGUACAGGAUUAUGUUGGUCCAUGGAUAGCCAAACGUCGUACACCUCAAAUUGUAGACCAAUAUGCUCAAAUUGGAGGUGGUUCUCCUAUUUUCAAGUGGACAAACAUUCAAGGAGAGAAUUUGUGCAAUAUACUGGACAAAAUUCGACCGGAAAGUGCUCCACAUAAGCACUAUGUAUUUUUUCGCUAUGCGAAUCCAUUGACAGAGCAUUCAUUGAAGCAGAUGAAGAAAGAUGGUGUCACACGUGCUGUAGCUUUCUCACAGUAUCCGCAAUGGUCGUGUACUACAUCGGGAUCAAGUAUGAACCAUUUGUGGCGUGAAUUGGAACGUUUGGAUAUGAAGGAGGACUUCAAGUGGUCACUUAUUGAUCGCUGGAAUACGCAUCCCGGCUAUAUAUCUGCUAUAGCUAAUCGUGUCAAGAUUGGACUAAACCAGUAUGCACCGGAGGACAGAGAAAGAGUCAUUAUUAUGUUUUCAGCGCAUUCAGUGCCCAUGAAGACCGUGUACAAGGGUGAUACGUACGUGAACGAAAUUGCUGCUACGGCGGAUCGUGUGAUGAAGGAAUUGGCUGGGAAGAACCCGCACAUUCUUAGCUGGCAGUCUAAAGUUGGCUACCUGCCGUGGAUGGGGCCAAGCACCAGCGACGUGAUCAAGCGCUAUGGACAGCAAGGGCACAAGCAUGUUAUGGCCGUGCCCAUUGCUUUCACGUCGGACCACAUUGAAACACUGUACGAGAUCGACAUCGAGUACGGCGAAGAAGCCAAGGAAGCUGGCAUUACGAACUUUAAGCGGUGCCCGUCGCUGAAUGAUGAGCCUCUGCUGUUUAAAGCACAGGCCGACAUUGUGAAGCAACACCUGGACUCAAACGAGCUACACUCGUCAGUGUAUCCGCUAAACUGCGCGGGCUGCACGAAUCCAAUGUGCCGCAGCAUUGUGAACCCUAUCAAACCUUACAAGAAGCUUUUGUAG